AUUGCCACAAUUUACUGUUGAUACAGGAAUGGUCAACUGGCGACAUCUGUUAUUCAAAAUGCAUGCACUAAAAGAAUUAUUGCUUGUACUUCUAAAACUGUCGCUUUUUGCAGAAAAUGUUGCUCAAGAUUGUCCACAGAUGGGACAUUUUAAGCGGGCAGCAAACGUAAGAUUGAAUACAACAUCGACUAAUGUAAUCAGGACGGUCACAGAAACUGCCGUGGAGGAUUGUUUGGGUUCGUGCUUUGUUGACAAUGGAAACUGCAAAUCCAUUGUGGGCGUUGAAGUAUCUCCUAAUGUUGUUCACUGCCAAUUACUUCGAAUUAAUGCAUUUGAGCUACCCGCUUACAUUGAGCAAGCUGUCAACAUUCAUACAUUUUUUCAAGUCCCGUGCGAUAAUCCUAGUCCAUCUAUUUUUGGACUUCUUAUUGCCAAUGCAAGAGACUGCAAGGAUGUAUACGACGCAGGCUUUACCAAUGACGGCAUUUACCAGGUAAUCAUUAAUAACAAAAGAGUACAUGUUUUAUGUGACAUGAAUUACCUCGGUGGGGGCUGGACGGUUAUCCUGAAACGAUUCGAUGGUUCCUUGAACUUUAAGAGAAAUUGGGACGCCUUUAAGUUUGGUUUUGGCAAUUUAACUUCCGAGUUUUGGUUCGGAAAUCUACCCAUUCAAGAUUUAACUGAACAACAGGAAAAUGAAAUUGUUUUUAUACUUAAAACAUUUGCAUCAGAAGAGCCGUACUACGCCUUCUAUGAUAAAUUUCACUUACAGGGUGUAAAUUUUACUCUUAAAGUGGGGUCGUACGUCGCACAUUUUGGACAAUUGCAGGCAGGAGACUCACUGUAUUACCACAAUAACACUCAAUUCGCAACGCAUGAUCGAGACAACGAUCAUUUCUGCGCUUCAUUCUAUGGAGCAUGGUGGAUGGAUUACUGCUUUAUGGCCACUUUUUUUGGCGAAUAUGCAAAUGAGACGUGUCAUGCAGACGGAUAUUGCAUGCAUUGGAACACUUUAAUUGACAUUAACCUGUCUUUAAAAUCUGCUACCGCCAUGAUUCGGAAAAAGCAAUUGUAGAAGACGAUGAUAAUUAAAGUAAAAUCGCUGAGGAAAGAAAUGAAUACACGUUAUUACAUAUAAAGCAUCUCCAACUUUCAUUCUAGAAUUACUUGCUAAGGGCAAAAAAA